AUGAUGCUGGCAAAGAAGGGAUUGCUGAAGCACCUAGACGCUAUGAAGGCCCUAGAAGAAGGAGACUCAAGCGCGUCAACUUGGAAAGUCAACGACAUGAAGGCCUUCGCGAUUGUGGCCACCGUGAUUAGCACAAACCUUAAGCCAAUGGUGCGCACGGCGGAGACAACGGCAGAAGCAUGGGACAUACUGAAGACUUUCCUCCUGCGACAAAGUGUGCACAAUCGUGUGCAGUUGCGGUGGCAAAUACAUGAGUUCAAGGUGACCAAGGGAGGAAGCAAAAUGGAUCACUUCCUGAGAUUUGACGAGCUGUGCAUGACUUUGCAAGCUGUGCGAGAAGAGCCCUCACAGGAUGAGCAUUUGAUCAUCCUAUUGGGUAGUCUACCUGUGACCCCGUAUCAAGAUAAUGGAGAACAUGCCCGGAAUGGCACUGUUUCACGCUAA